AUGCGUUUGUUGUACAAGAGUAAGAAUGGCCUGAGCCUUGCCAUGGUCGGCUUGCUCUCGUACGGCGGUUCUGGAUCAGCUACUACCGAAGUAGUGCGUAGUAACUCGAGUGGAUCUUUGUCAACAGCCGCCCAAACCUUAUUUGACUACUCGAUGCAAGUUUCAGAUUCAAGGUUUGAUGACUAUUAUAAGUUCAUCUGGUAUCAGGAGAAGGGAGAGGUCAGCACAAGGUUCACAGCUUGGUACUGUGCUGGGUUGCUCCACAGAAAUCAGGGCGGUGACGUUGACAAUGCCAAAGCUGCCAUUGCGAAUGUCCUCUCGGCUCAAAUGACUUCGGAAUUCGAGUCGGCUUGGUAUGGGACUUACAAAGUGUCACUUGACGCGCCCGAGCCAACGGAGAACUCUACUUACUGGCCACCUAAGAUAUAUACAACAUAUGACCCGAAUUGGAGGGAAUUUGUUGGGACACAACUCAUCCAGGUCGUUGAGCUCUCCUCAGACCUCCUCGGCAAUGAUCUUGUCUCCCAGAUCGAGGAGUCUCUGGAGAAGGCUGCGGUGGGUGCAAUGCGGCGGAACGGCACGUACCCUUCAGAUGACAAUCUGAUCCUGGGGUACUCAAACCCUGCACUCAUGCGCGCUCUGGUUGUGGGCUGGAUCGGAGCCCGCCGCAACAACUCAGCACUCAUCGACUACGCCAACGAGCAAGGAGACCAGCUCCUCGAGCUGUUCAAGGCAGACGGUUACAACACCCUGGGCGAGUACAACUCACCAACAUACUACGGCAUGGACACCUGGGCCCUCGUAGCAAAUAUCGCCUACGGGCCAAAAGACGCGACCAUGACCACGAACUCGGAGUACAUCCUCACCGAGCUAUGGAAGGACAUCGCAGACCACUACAACCCCCUGUUGCGGAACAUGGUGGGGCCUUACGACCGCGCGUAUACUCGGGACAUGACUGGCCACUCCUCUGUCCUGUCGCUGUGGUGGUGGGGCAUGUUCGGCCGCGAGUACGGAGGCCAGCCGCCGCUCGGCGAGCCCGACCUGCUCUUCGAUGUGGCCCAGGGCGCCGCUGUCGCACUUGUCACCGACACCGCGCUCAAGUACAUCCCCGAAGACGAGGCAUUGAAAGCCAGAGGACAAUGGUCGGGCGAGAGAUUCCUCAACAAAAUUGUCCGUGAGUCCCUUGACACGGACGUUGUUCGAGUGGCUACCUCGUGGCUUUCUGCGGAUGUGAUGAUUGGUGGUAUAGCCCAGGCAGAGACCGAAGACCGUGGAAAUCAGUUCGUCCCCGCCAUUGUGCACUGGGCAUCGGACCCGGAGAAAACGCCCUCUCCCUAUGUUGGCUUCUUCUCUCUGUACCCGACCGCCUCGACUGUUGAAGCCAUUGCCGGCCCCAAGACGCUGACUGUGUCAUAUCCUAAUACGACGCAGGACGGCACCGACAUCUUCACAUUUGCCGUGUCUGGCAUUCCACCUGGCUGGGUACUCAGUGGGAAAGGAAUCACAGGACUGGAGGAUCUUCCGUGUUUGAGUGUUGAUGUGUCUGCUCCGGGCUUAGAAGCGUUGCCUGUGACAGCAUCGACGAGCACACUGCAGGAUCAUUUCUAUCACAAUGUUUCGUUCGCGGUUCCAUCGGGAUUUGAAGGGAUACCGCUGGUGCACUUGGAGCUUGAGUAUACUUGCUGA